AUGGGUGCAGCAAACGAAAAAUCAUCAGAUUUAUCAACAUUUGAUCAACCAAAAUCAAUAAAAACUUCACGUUAUGGUCAUGAUAAAAAUAUUCCAAUAGGUUCAACUAAUAAAUCUCUACAAAAUUCUUAUACACGUUCACCAUGCGCUCCAAAAUCUCCUCGUUUUGUUGAAAAUGUUAUCUUAAUAUGGUUAGAUGCUUCAUUAGAAAAUAUAACUGAAGCAACACAAAAAUCUUUAAAUCAAAUUCGUCGUCUAACACAUAUUGUUAAAACAUUUUCUGAUGUUGAUAAAUGUGUAAAAUUUAUUGAAUCAAUUGAAGAUGAAAAAAUCUUUCUUAUCGUAUCCGGUUCAUUUGGUCCACAAAUAACUCCAAUCAUAGAAAAUUAUAAUCAAGUUUAUUCAAUAUUUUUAUAUUGUGGAAAUAAAGCAAAUCAUGAACAAUGGGUAAAACAAUAUAAAAAAAUUCGAACUAUUCAUACACAAUUAAAAGAACUUUGUGAAACAGUUAAAUAUCAUAUUUCACAAUAUGAUAAAGGUCUAACAUCAAUUAGUGUAUUUCCAUCAUCGACAAAUGUUGAAUUAAAUGAAUUUAAUAAAGAAUUUAUUUAUUUACAAGUUAUGAAAGCGAUUCUAAUUGAAAUUCGUUUUGAUAAAAAAUUUCGUAAAGAUUUUAUGAAUUAUUCACGACCAUUUUAUUUAGGUAAUGAUCUUCAAAUGAAUUUAAUUGAUACAUUUUAUGAAAAUUAUGAUCUUCAUUCUCCUAUAUGGUGGUAUACAAGAAAAUGUUGUCUUUAUGGAAUGUUAAGAAAAGCAUUUUAUAAAAAUGAUAUGGAAAUUAUGUUUAAACUUGCUUUUUUUAUUCGUGAUCUUCAUAGAGAUAUUAAAAAAUCAUAUUCAGACGUACAUACACAUCAACGUCAUCCAAUAUCUGUUUAUCGAACAACACGAAUGACACUUGAUGAAUUUACAAAUAUUGAAAAAAAUUAUGAUGGUUUUAUAGCAUUUAAUGAUUUUCUAUUAACUACUCUUGAACGAAGUAUGGCAUUACGAUUUGGUAAUUUGAUUCGUAUUGAACCUAAUGCAGUUGGUGUUAUAUUUAAAAUUGUUAUUGAUCCUAUAACAUCAUCAGUACCAUUUAUUUCUUUAAAUAAUCUAAGUUAUUUAUCGAAUACUGAAGGUGAAAUAUUAUUUUCAAUGAAUACAUUAUUUCGUGUUGAAGAAAUUGUUAAACUUAAUGAUCGUUUAUAUGAAAUACAAUUAGCUCCAGUAGGUAAAAAAGAUAAAUUAAUUAAAAGUCUUCUUGGAUGCGUACAAAGAUUAACUACGGGUGUGCCCGGUUGGUAUAAACUAAGUAAAAUAUUAAUAGAGGCUAAUGAAUAUGAUCAAGCUGAAGCUGUUUAUAAAUAUGUUCUUAGUCAAGCAAAUGAUAAUCAACUUGCAGAACGUGCAUACGUUCAACAUCAACUUGGCUAUAUAGAAGAGAUGAGAAAUAAUUUUCCAGCUGCUAUAAAUAAUUACCAACAAUCUGUCGAUAUUUGUUUAAAAACGUUACCACGAGAUCAUCCAAAUCUCUUAGCAACAUAUAUCAAUCUUGCUUCUACUUAUCGAAAACAAGGUGAUUAUCAAAAAGCAUGGGAUUAUAAUCAAACUGCUCUUCAAAUUCUAUUACAACCUCAUGAUCCAAAUACAAUUGUACAACAGAAUAGUACAGCUGCACUUUAUCAAGAACAAAACAAAUAUUCUGAAGCACAAAAUAUCUAUGAAAAAUCAAUACAAACCAUACUUCUUGAUUUUCCAUCUCAUCAAACACUUCUAGCAGAUACAUAUCAUGAUUUGGCUGCAUUAUUUUAUUCAAUGAAAGAUUAUACAAAAGCAAUAAGUAAUUAUGAAAAAACAAUUGCGAUUGAAGAAAAAUUUACUCCACCAUAUUCUCCAGCAUUAGCUUCAGCUUAUUAUAAUUUAGCAACAGCUUAUGAAGGUCUUCAAGAUAAUAAAAAAGCUGUAAAAAAUGCUGAAAAUGCUGUGGAAAUUGCUCGUCUUACUUUCGGAAAUGAACAUUCUGAAACACAACAAUACACUAAUUAUCUACAACAAAUUAAAAAACUAUCUCGAUAG